AUGGCAAACUUAUGUGAAUUUUUUUCUACGGAAUAUAGUCGCAACUUUAGGAAGAAAAAGAUACAACCAGCUAAGAUAAUAUAUCACAAAGAUUAUUUUACGGAUCGUAUAGAAGAAGGAGAAAUCGAUCCUCGUACAGCAUCGAUUCCUACACAAUUGGACGAAGCUGCUGAACAAUUAGUUGAUAAACAUAUCCUCGAUAGACUGCAAUCUGUUUAUCAAGUCACCUAUAGACAUCCUAAGGCUCCGCGCGAUACAAGAGAAGUUGGGGAAGAGAUCAAAGAAAAGGAUCUGCAAAGUGAAUUAGUAGCGUAUAUUCAUGAUUUAUAUUUCAAUCCCCAAGAUGAAAAAGUUCUUGCACCUCCAGUGACGGCAAAAAGAAGUAUGUUAGCUGCUGUUUGUUUUCAUCUGCAUUGGCUUAAAGGAAAAGAAAGUUUAGAAAGAUGGCAUACCAAAUCUACGUUGAAAAGUUUAAAUGUUGUUGGUUUUGUAAGUGCUGUAGCAGGAAUUACUGCACUAAUUUGGUAUCUCUUCCUCACAUUUUAUUACAAGAUCCCUAUUGUACCCAUUGGGGAAAGUACAACGAUAUCAGCUAUUUGGUCUAUGAUUUGUGGAAAGUGGGGAAUUUUCUUGAUGUACUAUUCUCACAAAUAUGAAUUAAUUAUCGCAAUAAACUCUCCAGCCAUAUUAAUAGAAGAUAAUGCUUGAGAAUUUUUUAUACAAAUGAAUAUAACAAUUUUUAUAUAGAGUAUUUUUAUUGAAUGUAUUUAUAAGAAAUGUUUUGUUUGCAAAUAUAAAUUUAUUUAUGAUAACAUGACAUAGAGAUAAGUUACAUUGUAAAUAUUAUGUAAAUAUAUUUACUGAAAUAUAAUUUUAUGAUAUAAAACAGA